UUCCCUCCCCUCCCUUCCUCACUCCUCGGCCUCCUCUCUCUCCCACUCACUCACGCGCGCGCACACGGAGCUAGCCAAAGGAAGGGGAGAGGAAUUGCCAUUUCGGGAAGUAAAAGGGGAACCGAUGGCCGCCGGCGACGUCGCGACGGUGUUCCUCGAGAUGAGCCUCGGCACCCGCCUCGCCGUCUCCUUCCCCGCGUCGUCCACCACCGUCGCCGAUCUCAAGCGCAUAGUGAGCCACGAGCACGCCGCAUCUUUUCCCCACCUUGGCCAGAUCGCCGUCCAAUCCAUCAAGGUCGACCAGGGAGGCUCGUGGUUCCACCUCGCCGACUCCAUGGCCAUCCGGGAUACUUUCCGGUUCCAAGGGAUCAACGAACGCUGGCACCUGCAGGUAGACGCAUCUCUGCAAGUUGACCAAGAGAUGGUCACCCAGGGGCACAGCGGCGGCGCAAACUCUGCAAAUCACUCUGCACCUGCGCCUGGUCGUCGUCAUGGAUACGAGGGGUCGUCGAGCAGGAGGUGCCGCAAGGCAUCAAGCUCUGAUGAGAUGCUGCCUGAUCAGGUUGAAGAUGAAGUUGAAGUUGAAGCUGAAGCUCAAGUCAAGCAACCAUUGCCAGCCAAGGGCGAAAGAAGCAGCGACGGGGCAGUAAAAGACACAGAACAGGGGGCAUGGGGGAGAAGGCUGCGGCCGAGGACUCAAGUUACUAAAACACCAAUUACUUUGUCAAGCAGCAGCAGCAGCAGCAGCUCAGACUCGGAGGAAACGGACACCAACACCGUCGGCGGCAGCUCCGAGUCGGAGGAAAUGGACAUCAACACCGUCGACGCGCCGGCGCCGCACACGCCGACGCCGCAGUUCGUCGUCGAGCUCAAGAAAUGCCACUUUGUGAAGCAGAAUGGGCAGUACCUGAACGUGCCGAUGGAGUUCGGCGUUGUGCACCGGUACACCGAGAAGAAGAAGGUGCUGCUGCGGAUGGGGGGCGAGUCGUGGGCCGUCAACCUCAAGCACGGCCUCACGCCCACCGGCAGGCCCCGCACGUCCCUCCGGUACGGGUGGGACCAGUUCCGCGUCGACAACCGCCUCCGCGCGGGCGAGACCUGCUUCUUCCGAGCCCUCCCCGGGGACGACGGCGGCGACCACCAUGUGCUCAAGGUGGAGGUGCGCAGGCUAGACGGCAGCUACGCAACCUGAUGUGCCUCCAUUGAUUCGUUGCCAUCUCAAGGACCUCCGGAACUAGAAUGCAAUGCACAUUGCAUCGUCGUAGUAGCUCAAGAUUAAUAUGGUCAUUGCUCCUUCUACUUGUGUUUCGCUUGGAUGUUUUUUUUUUUUUUUUAGAAAAGGAGGAUGACCCCCGGCCUCUGCAUCUGGGAGAUGCAUACGGCCACUUUAUUGAUUAUUCUCGAUAACCAUACAAAGUAUUACAACAA